AUGCUGGCAUCUGAAUUACCUUUCGAGAUUCUCCGUAAUAUUGGACGUUUUCUCUAUUUACCUGACCAACUUGAAUCAUGCCUAGUGUGUCGAACAUGGAAGAUUCCAUUCCAGGAUUCAAUGUGGGAUGUGAUCGAUUUACAAAAUGAUGAGAUGAUGGACAAGAUGUCUGACGUGUCUACCAGAGUACAUGCAUUCUACAGAAAAAAUGGGUACCGCGUACGAGAAUUACUUAUUUGGCCAAACAUUUAUAUAGACGACCAAGAAAUAUUUACCCUCCAACAACACUUUCCAAAUCUCAAUUGUCUUAUUAUUUCUCACUCUUGCUUGGGUGGACCAAAUUUUGGAUCUAUUGCUGAUUGGAACCUUUGGGGAUCACUCACAGAAUUAAAUGUCGAUAUAACAGGCUGGUGCCAUGACAACCCAGCCGAUGCAUUCCUCAAUAUCUCUUUGGGACUACCCAAUCUUGAAAGACUGAUGUUAAACCGCUUUAAUGGAAAUCAACCGGUUGUAGUGACCCUUGACCAACUCGAAAGCUUUCAUUCCAACCUGCCUCAACUGAAAUAUCUUGUAUUAGAUAUGCGCCCUGCUGCUUUCGAGAACGAAGAAGAUGCCUUAGAACGAAUCGUAAAUGUGAAGCCAGCAACAAAACUAAAACAUUUGCAACUCAAUGUAUUUAACUCGCUUUAUCAGUGGUUGUGCUAUUUUGCCAUCAAAUAUCCCAAUCUACAAGUAAUGGUGACAUUACAGCUCCUUGACAAUGGAGAGUUUGAACAGUAUCCAAAAGAAAAAGCAUUUAUAUCUUCUCUAUCUCCACCUGCGUUCCAAUACUUAGAAUGGAUCGACGUGAUUACAAAAAAAAAUCCAAAGCAACUACAUCUUGAUAUAUGGAAACAGUUUUAUUUUCUCAAUAUAAAGCUCAAGCGCAUAACCUGGGCUGUGUGGUGUGAUAUGACUGAUAUUGGAUACCUUGAGGCCAUUGUUAAAGAGUGUAUGAAUCUAUUUUCAAAGACCAUAGAGACGUUUCAUUUUCUGUGCGAUUUCGAUUACCGGAAAUCAUGGGACUUUACAACGCAUCUCGAAUAUUUUCCUGCCUUGGUAGAUUUAUACAUCAAAGCUCCACACUCAUUCAUUGAAUUAGACGUUCUCUUGGAUCGGUGUGUAUCACUUAAGGUAUUAAAGGUUGUCGAUUCCAAAUUUUUUCUUAGUACGAAUGAAUAUGAAACCCCCAAAAAUCAUGGACUACGAAUGUUAAUUGGCUUGGAUUCUAUCACCACCUGCAACACACUUGAAUACCUAUCAGCCCGUUGCAGACGUCUUAAUUACAUGUGCCUCGUUAGGUCAAUAAUAUCCGGAGAACACUCUAGUAACAACUCUCGCAUUUCUAUUGAUAUGUCCUACACUCACUUCAAGAAACUCCAACUUAAUGAUUCUCGGUUUACUCUACCUUCUGAGGGCAAAGACGGAAACAAAGAUCGAAAUGCCAAUUACGUAGUUUUGUCGCAACCAAGUUCUUCUUACCAGAUAACCGACAGCAACCAUGACCACUCUGCUUGGGAUAUAUAUUCGGACAUUACGAUGGAAGAUACUUGGUAUUUUGUUACCUACAAAAUGUUUACCUCAGAAGGAUGGAGCUCCACUCCAUGGAUUAUGUCUAAAAAGGACAUCACAACCGUAGUUGAGCUUCUUCGGCGCCAAGACUCCGGGAAUAUCAAUACUAUAAAUGGAAAGAAUGAAUACCUUGACUUCAAAAUGGUCCCAGAAGAAUGGUGUACCAAAAAUACCCCUCUUGCGUACGUUGUGCUUAAAUGUGGUAGCAUAUCUAAUUAUGAUAUGAGCCCUGGAUAUGAAUUUAAUCACUAUACUUGGGAAAUGAUAUAUGAUACCUUUGAAUGA